AUGAAUAGCUCGGGCUCAAGGGAAAGCCCGUCCCGGAAAUCACUUCUGAGCCGAUUUGAGCGUCUGGGACAUCUUCAGGACCUGGACCAAGUGAUAUUGAUGGAUACGGUAGCAGUGAGGCUCGCACAGGGCGACGACAAGCAUAUUCAUUUGUACAAUCUUGGAGACGCCUACUCCCGUCGCUUUGAACAUUUCAAAAACCUCGCUGAUAUCAAUCAGGCAAUCUCAGCAUUCGAGGAGGCAUUGAAGCUCACACCAGUUGGUCAUCCUAAUAAAUACAAAAACAUGAUCAAUCUGGGAAAUUCGUUCUUCCUUCGUUUCCAGCACCUUAGUUGCAUCACUGACAUCGACAGAUCAAUAUCGGCAUUUCAAGAUGCCCUGCAGCUCAUCCCAGAUGGCCAUCGCGACAAAGCGAGCUGCCUGAGUAAUCUUAGCGACUCACUUUUUCUUCGCUUUGAGAACUCUUGCAAUCCAACAGACCUCGACGAGUCAAUCUCGGCCAGAGAAUGCGCAGUAGCAGUCACCGAAGAUCAUGACCCUCAGAAACUUAAUCGGUUGGUGAAUCUUGGAAACUCGAUGUUUCGUCGAUUCCAGCUUUCUGGAAACAUCGCGGACCUCGAUACGUGCGUUUUUGCAAGAGAGCACGUCAUUCGGAUCGUCCCAAAAGACGAUCCUACGCGGCAUAUCCAUCUCAGUCGACUUGCCACUCCAUAUUCGAUUCGAUUCGAACGACUCUCCCUUCCCGCCGAUCUUGACAAGUGCAUCUCGGUGAGCGAAGAAGCGGCACAGUUCCUCCCAGAAACCCAUCCAGAUAAGCCCGGUUACCUCAGCAAUCUCGGGAGUUUUCUGCUCCAACGUUUCAAUUUAUCUGGUGGCCUCUCUGAUAUUGAGAAGGCAACUUGUAUGUUUGAGGAUGCCGUUCAGCUCCUUGAUGAUAAAAACUCUAUCAAGGCUACGGUACUAGGAAACUUGGGUUAUUCCCUUACGCUCCGGUUUGAGAGGGUCAGCGAUCCCGUUGACCUCUCUAAGGCCAUCACCUCUAGCACAGACGCUCUUCACCUUACUCCCGAUAAUCAUCCUAGAAAAGCGGAUCGCCUUGCUAAUCUUGGCAUUGCACUCCUCGCCCGUUACCAGCAUCUGGGAGAUCCUGUCGACCUCGAAAAAUCUCUGUCCACAUUCCAGGAUGCGCUUCGCUCAGAGCAAGGAGGUCCUCUGGAGAAGACCGACCACCGCAUGAAUAUUAGCAACUCGUUGAGUCUGCGUUUUGAGCGCUUUGGAGACCCUGUGGAUAUUGACAAGACGGUGUGUUUACGAAAGGAAAUCGUGCAGCUCACUCCAGACUGCCACCCUGAUAAACCUCGCCGCCUUAGCAGCCUCGGAAAUGCUUUGCUACGUCGCUUUCAGCGUGUUGGUGACGUAUCUGAUAUAAACGAGUCCAUUAUCAUGAAUAAAGCAUCCGUACGACUUGCCCCCGACUGCCAUCCUGAAAGAUGGUUGUAUAUGACGGACCUUGGGACUUCGUUACUUGCUCGUUUCGAUGAAUUCGGCGACCUUGACGACAUUCGCGAAUCCAUCGCGAUGAACACAAUUUCUGUGAGGCUCGUACCAUCUGGCCAUACAAGCAAAUCCACUUGCCUGAGCAAUCUCGCCAGCUCAUAUCUAAGCAGAUUUCAGCGUUUAGGCGAUCUCAGCGACAUCAACGAAACAAUUUUACACUUCGAAGAUGCUUUGCAAUCGAGCCCAGAAACUGAUCCCACUAGAGCCGGAUAUCUGCGCAACCUCGGGUUUGCUUUAUGGCACCGCUUCCAGCGUCUCGGUGACAUCGGUGACAUUGACAAAUCCGUCUCUCUUGGACUGAAUGCAGUACAGCUUAGCCCAGACAGCCAUCCGGAUAAACCUGCUCGCCUCGACAGUCUCGGGACUUCUCUUUUAAGCCGUUUCCAGCGCCUUGGUGAUAUUGCUGACCUUAACAAAUCAAUCAUGGUCAGAGAGGAUGCCAUACGUCUUGCACCAAAUAGCCAUCGAGACAAACAUAUAUAUCUGAACAACCUCGGGAAUGCGCUUCAAGGCCGAUACGAUCGGCUUCGGAAUUGUCUCGACGUUGACAGAGCGAUUCUGGUUUGCACUGAAGCCGUCCAACUCAGUUCAGCGAAUCACACUAACAAGGCUGCUUGUCUUAACAAUCUCGGAAAGGCUUUCAGUCUGCGUCACGAAGGCGAAGGUGACGAGCUCGACCUCACCGAGUCUAUCAAAGCGUUUAAAGAAGUGGUUCAGCUGGUCCUAGAUGGCCAUGCCAGAAAGCCGACGUUUCUAAAUAAUCUGGGUAGACAACUGCUCAGCCGCUUUGAACAUCUCCACGAAUCUGUCGACAUUCAUGACUCAAUAAUAAUGGCGCAAGCCGCAGUGCAACAAACACCUGAUGGACAUGUCGCAAAACCCUAUUGGAUUUACAAUCUUGGAACUUCGAUCUUCAGUCGGUUCCAAUUUCUUAAAGAUCCAGCUGAUCUGGACAAUGCAAUAUUGCAGUUUUCGGCAGCCGCCCGCUCUGCUACUGGUUCUCCUUCCAUCAAGUUCCGCGCAUGCCUACAGUGGAUUCACGGCCUUUCCUUCUACCCGUCCGACUUUUCCGUUCUAGACGCAUACGUCGUUGCUCUUGAUCUCCUACCUCAAUUAGCCUGGCUUGGCCUUCCGCUCCAGGAUCGCUAUCGAGAGCUUCUGAGUGCAGGGAGUGUGACAAGAGAUGCUGCGGCUGCAGCUGUCAAGUUCGGAAGGGCUCAGACUGCUGUCGAGUGGCUAGAACAAGGACGUUCCAUUGUUUGGGGCCAAUUACUGCAGCUUCGUACACCAAUUGACGAAUUACAAGAUUCACACCCUGAGCUUGCGGCUAGACUUCUGCAGGUCUCACAUGAACUGGAACAGAGCAGUACUCGUGAUCAAGCUAGUCUCGAAACUCGCAUUGAGAUGUCAUUGGAGGACGAUGCUCGGCGACAUCGUUCCCUCACUCUUGAGUGGCAAGAAAUCAUCCAGACAGUCAGGUCCUCGUCUGGUUUCGAGAGAUUCCUUCUACCCAAGACGAUCACACAGCUUUCUGCUUCUGCCCAAUCAGGACCUGUUGUCAUUCUUAAUGCCAGCCGAAGUCGAUGCGAUGCAUUGAUUCUAAUGGCCAGAUCGGACGAUGUGCUCCAUGUUCCUCUACCAAACAUAACCUACGAGAGACUUCACGAUCUCCAAAGUCUCUUGACCACAGUGUUGGCGAGCAAUACCCGUGUCGUCGACAGAGCCAUUAAAACUGUGUACCCCACUGCCAGGAAUCCCGACGGUGUAUUGGAGAAUAUUCUAUCGGAACUCUGGCUCAAGGUCGUUAAGCCGAUUUUAGAUGUCUUGAUCACUUCUGCGCCAUCUACCACUGCUCAAGAGCUCCCGCGCAUCUUUUGGUGCCCGACUGGACCGUUCACAUCCCUUCCCAUUCAUGCAGCGGGACUUCACAGCGAGACUCGAACUGACUCCAUACUCUCUAGGUUUGCUGUCUCUUCAUACGCCCCGACUUUGAGCGCCCUUAUGCCACUCUCACGCCCAGAGGCCGGUAUGGGCGACACGCAGCUCCUCGCCAUCGCCCAGCCCGCUGUCCUUGGAUAUGCUCAACUUCCCGGUACUGUUCAAGAGCUCAAAUGUAUCGAAGCAAGGGCCAAUGCUGCUAAUCUACUCUUCACAUCAAUCAAAGGGUCUGAAGCCACAGUUGCCAAUGUGAUAGAGAAUAUGGGAGCGUCUGCAGCUAGCUGGGUGCACUUUGCGUGCCACGGCGUGCAAGACGCCGACAAACCUACCAACAGCGGUUUGAUUCUAUCAGAUGGCCGCCUAAAACUUUCGGAUAUCAUCAAGUUAUCUCGUUCGCACGGAGGUCUGGCUUUCCUGUCGGCAUGCCAGUCUGCUAAAGGCGAUAAGGACCUCUCAGAAGAAGCUGUUCACCUUGCCGCAGGAAUGCUGCUUGCUGGAUAUCGCGGAGUAGUUGCCACGAUGUGGUCAAUAAAGGACGGAGAUGCCCCUUUGGUGGCUGACAAGGUGUAUAGUCGCCUUUUUGAACACGGGAAGCCUGAUUGCAGAGACGCCGCUCACGCAUUGCACGAGGCCGUGCAGAGUCUUUACGCCAAGAAGAAAAAGGCAUAUCUAUCGUGGGUUCCGUUUAUUCAUAUGGGCAUUUGA